AUGGACUGUUUCGGAAUACCGGCACCGGUCGGAAGCUAUUUCGAGGGCUCGAUCAUCGUUUGGAAAUCCAAAAAGAUCGUGUUCACCGAGCUACCAGUUCGCUCGAUCAGUGAAGUCUCGCAUUCAGCUCUCGAAGUGAUGAUUCCGUUGUGUGCUGUAGUGGCCGCCUGUAAAGCGUCGAGGGGUAUCGGCUUCCGGGGCGAUCUUCCCUGGGGUCGUAAACUCCCCAAUGAAAUGAAACAUUUCGCCCGAGUUACAACCGAAACGAAGGAAGCCGGUAAACUCAAUUCGGUCGUGAUGGGACGUAAAACCUGGGAGAGCAUCCCGGACAAACGACGGCCUCUGCCGAACAGAGUGAACAUAAUUGUCAGCGCGACUCUUCAACCCUCAGACCAGGCGAACGGGGUUUUCGUAGUCCGCUCGCUGGAAGAAGCACUCGAAGUCUCCCGAAAAGAAAACGUCGAGCGAGUGAUGGUCAUCGGCGGGGCUCAACUCUACCAGGAUGCCUUGAAACACCCUGAUUUGAGCACAGUUUACCUCACAGACAUCAACACGGAUUUCGAAUGCGACACCUUCCUCGAGAUCGAUGAGCGGCAAUUCCAAGAAGAAGACAGUAUCGAUCCUGCCUUUCCGCGUGACAUACAGGAGGAGAACGGGAUCCAGUACCGGUACAGAGUUCUGAGGAAACUCUGA